UCCUCCUCCACUUCCCAAUAGACAUCUUGCCAUAAUCUCAAUCUCCAGGCUAAACACCAUGGCUUUCAAUAUUUUCUGGGCCUGUGUAAUAAUUGGUUGUAUUUUUGCUUCCAUAGCAAAAGCAUCUAAUAUCUCAGAUGUGUAUCCCCCUCUGUGGAAGGAGAGUCCUGGUCAGUUCAGUGACUACAAGAUAGAAAAUGGAAAGUAUAUCAUCAACUUCUGGCAUUACCCUGAGAGACUGGGGACGUAUAAAAUUCUACUGAACAAGACAGCCAAGUAUUUUGCAAAAUUUUCACCAGAAAAUGAACAAAAUAUUUUAUGGGGACUGCCUGUACAUCAUGGAUGGCAAUAUCAUACAGGCAGAUUAGCUGAUCCUACCCAACAUACAGACUGUGGCCAUAAGUCUGGAGAUCGCCUCUGUAUCUCUGUGGACAGUUGGUGGGCUGACCUUAAUUAUUAUCUCUCUGCAUUGCCCUUCCUUGCUGCGGUUGAUUCUGGCAUAAUGGGGAUAUCAUCAGACAAUGUCACUUUUCUGCCACCAUCCAAGGAUCAGAUGAAUUUUUGUUACAAUGUUUCUAGCUGUCAUUCAUCAUUUCCAGAAGCAAUGAAGAAGUGGAAUGAAUUUUACCAGCAUGUAAAGUCACAUUCUAGUAGCUUUGAUGAACUGUUGGAGUACUUAUGGGCUGCACAUGUCUCAUCUUUGAAGGUUGCUCGUAAAAUUUUUCAGAAUAGAUUAAAAUACUAUUCUAAACAAGAAGCUGACUUUGAAAGAAGCUGGGCUUUAUUUGUGGAUUAUUUAGCUCCACCAAACUUUCCUACGACCUUAAUUAGAACAUAUGAAUUCCAGAAGGAGCUGCCAACACGCAUGCUGGUUAGUGGAGAUCGAGCCCCCUUCAUCAGUGAUUUUAGUGGCUUUCAGAACACAGUCCUGUUUGCUUUGAAUCUUCUCCACAAAGUGCAUAAAUAUACAGGGACACUAUCUUUAACUUUAUGGAAAACUUUAAUGAAGUCAACAGUUGCAAGGAAACUGUUUCUAGAGAUUUUGGAAUUCAUCCUUCACUCUUUUAAUUAAAUGCUUCUGGAAAUCUGUAUAAAAUAAAAAUCCACAAUGAUAAUUUAUGAAGAACAAUAAUCUCAAAAAUUAGUCCUUGCAUGUGUGCGUAAUUUUGUCAUUGUCUAUGUCCAUAUUUAAAAGUUUGAAUUUAUAUAUUGCCAUUAAUUUACUUAAUUAAUAAUUAGUGAAUAAGUAUCAAUAAUUGUGUACUUUUUAAUGUAGAUUCAGUUGAAUAACAAACAAAUGUUGAUAAUUUAAUAAAGGUCAUAAAACCUGA